GAUCGGUGCAUCUAAUCUAAAGAUGGAUAGAAAUUCAGGCUCGGUAUCAGGUCAAUAUCUAUUUGGAUGGAGGUAUGAACACACAACUGCAGUAGUAGGAGAGGUCCUGUACUGCUGGGGAGGGGACCAGGAAGGAUUAGCUGCGUCCCUCGAUUCUCCUAGAAAGAGAGAGUGUACUUCUGCUAUAGAUGCGUUUAACUUAUUAUCUGGUGUUUGGUCCUCUCAACCUACUAGUGGUACUCCUCCACUGGGAAUCAGAGGAGUCUCCUGUACCACCAUUAAUAAUAAUAUUUAUUAUUUUGGUGGUUAUUGCCACGGUGGCCACGGCAAAUGCUACCAUAACAGUUUGAACUGUUUAGAUACUUUAACUCUUCAGUGGAAAGAAUUACAACCAACUGGUGACAAUUCUGUGACUAAGAAAGGCUAUGGUGGUAUGAUAGCAAUGGGAAGUGAAGGUGAACCUCAACAGUUACUGGUUAUUGGUGGACUGGCUCCUAAAUCAACUACUACACAGCACAAUCAGUUUAAAUACCAUGAUAUACCUUGUCUUGAUGAUCAUCUUAGAACUAAUGAACAGAAUAUCUAUAACCUGUCCAGUGGACAAUGGAUUGUUCUAUCUGUCAGUGGACAGUGUUUUCCACCAACUGAUAGUUUUAUAAUUGAAAGGAUCAGUCAUAAUAAAGGAAUUAUGUAUGGAGGAGUAGUGACUGAUGGUGAUGCAGAUAUUUCUACUAACGAUAUCUACUUGUUUCAAUUAUCACAACAUACAAUAAACUGGGAGUAUCUUAAACAAGGAUCAGUACCUAAUGAUGGACUGUGGCCUGAAGGAAGAGACUCUCAUGCCAGUACUAUUAUCAAUGGUGUCUCUACCUCACCUACACUGGUAGUGAUUGGUGGACUGGAUAGUGAUAAUGAACUAGUAAAUGAAUGUUUAUUAUUAGACACAAAGCAAUAUAAUUGGAUGAAGAUUCCUCUACCUCAUUCUGUUACUGGUAGAUUCAGUCAUACUGUAGCAUCUUUUGUUGUUGAUCCUAAUCAUGUGUUCCUGAUAAUAGUAGGAGGUUAUGUGGAGGAUGAACAGGAAGAUGUAGGAGGAGGAGUAAUGGAAUGGGUUAAUGAACCUAUCACUGAUCGAAAUAUCACAAUGGUAGUAGAACUAGGUAAUAUUAUAUUAUUACUACUAUAUUAUUAUAGGUAGUAUUAAUUGAAAGUACCGUAUAUCUGGUAAUUUUCAUAGGAGAAAAUUUUCAGACAGAAAAAAUUCAUGUAUUUUAUCAAGUUUUCGCACAGUGGU